CCACCGUCCACCCCCCUUCCCUCCUUCACCAUCCCAACCGUCCACCUCUUCCUCCUCCAUAUCAAUCAAUCCCCAAAACCUCCAAACAACCACUUCUUUUCAAUUCCACAAACUCUCUCUUCGCAGCCUCAAACCAAGAGUGUGAGAGACAAAGAGAGCCACCCAAUUCACCAAUGGCCGCCCUCCAACACACCCCAAUCUCUCUCCAAUCCCAAACCCCAUCAUCCCCACCACAACUCUCCUCCACCCUCACCCCCAGAACCUCCACCCUCUCCUUCUCCUUCUCCUCCACCUUCACCCCCAUCCCCCUCAAGCUCUCCUCCUCCACCGCCGCCGCUGUCACCCUCCGCCGUAACGCAACUAAACUCAAAAAUCAAGGAGCAGGAGUCAUUGGAUAUCGGCACAAGAAGAUCGAGAAGUUCUUCGGCGAGCCGUCAGUCUUCGACUUCUUCAUUAACCCCACCAUCGACCUCGACAAGAAGCGCAAGGUCCUCGACGAAAUCGCCAAGUCCUCCACCCUCCAGCCCCACACCGUUAAUUUCCUCAACAUCCUCGUCGAAGCCAAGCGAAUCGACCUCAUAAAGGACAUCGUAAAGGAGUUCGAGGUGGUUUACAACAAAAUCACGGACACGGAGCUGGCCAUCGUGACCUCGGUGGUGAAGCUGGAGUCGCAGCACCUGGCGCAGAUAGCGAAGCAGGUGCAGAAGCUGACGGGGGCGCAGAACGUGAGGAUCAAGACGGAGAUUGAUCCAAGCUUGGUGGCUGGGUUCACUGUGAGAUAUGGCAACUCUGGGUCGAAGCUGAUCGAUUUGAGCGUGAAGAAACAGCUUGAGGAGAUUGCUGCGGAGCUCGAUUUGGGUGAUAUUAAGCUCAAUUUAUAACUGCACAUUGGCUCUUUUGAUUUCUUCUUUUUUAAUUUUAUUUAAUUUUGAUUAUUUUUUGCGGUAUGGUGUAAUGUGUAAAACCAUGGUUGAAUAUAUAAUGUAUGUUUUCUUGUUGUGGAAAUCUUACUCCUCUUUGAGGUUUUGGAAUUACAAAUGAUGGAGGCAAUUUUGAAUGUUAAUAAUUUUUUUUUUGCUUAAUGAAUGUUUAAAUUGUCUGUAA